AUGUGGGGAUAUGAACAAAAUACUGGUGCUUACCAGCCAUAUUCGUAUAGCUUUAUGCCUUUUUAUAACCAAAUGCUGAUGCCUGUACCUCAAGUCGAUGCUCCUAGUCGACCUAUUAGUGAUAAAAGGAUGCAAUGCAUUCACUUAUCGCUAAUUAUAGGUAAACACAUCUUGAUUGGGCUUAUCGCUUUCUACGCGGCCUGUUUGACUUAUGACUUGACCGGCUACAUUGACCGACUCUUUAAUACGGCGCCGGGUGCUUGGAUGUUAGUAUCUAUUUAUGGACUAGCGCUGCUGCUGAUUGACUACUUGUUCUUUGAUCUGCUAAUGAGCAUAUUUAUGGCUUUCCAGAAGAAACCGCCCAAGGAUAUAGUGCAGUUUACAGCUACAACACUGACCUACUCCAUUGGUCUUACCUCCCUCGUGUUCGGUUUCGCCUGGCUUAUGCGGUCUCAGAAAGAUUUCUUGGCUGCGGCAUUUUCGGCCUUGACUACCCAGAGUAUGGCUGUUUUCACGAACAGACUGUUUUGUAUGGAUGAUAAAACCUUACGCCUGCACGAGAAAGGCAGUGUGAUCAGACUCUUUGUUGUUUUUGGUGGAAGUUUACUGCUAAGUGCUUUUGUGUUUACGGCUGCUUGUGCUUUGUGCUAUCUUUGUGUCUGGUUUGACCGGAAUAGACGAAUUGCUAAGAUUUCCCUGCAGAGUUCGCUGGCUUUUGUCGGUUUGUUUCUUCUAGAACUGCCAUUUCUGAUUGCUUUUGCUGGAAGCUAUAACCUGUCCUUAUCUGACAUCAAAGGAUUGUUCACUACGAUCUUACUGCACUACUUGCCUAUGCUGGUUACACUGGGAUCUUUAGUCUAUCAAAACUAUUGCUACUUUUCCGGUCGGGAUAUGGGUCUCUAUCAGAAAACUAUAUUUGGCGAGCAUCAUAUUAUGCGCAUUGAACUUGCCUCUGUGGUUGUGCAGUUGCUUCUCUUCUAUGGCUACUGGAUGAGCCUGUUCUCUACUCUUCGGUACGGGCGCAUUGUUAUGUUUGGGGGAGACGAGCUUAAACUUACCAGUGGAAGUUAUCCAAGUAUGGGCCAUUUUAAUCUAGAUACCAUCGUGUUAUAA